AGUUUUAACUAGCUAGCUCGGGGACCCAGAGCAGCAAAGAUGUGGUGGCCUAGGCUUCAGUGCAGGUUAACCACCCAACUACUAAGACAUAAGGUUAGCCACCCAACUACUAACAUAUAAGGUUAGCCACCCAACUACUAACUACUAACACAUAAGGUCCCCAGGAGGCAAGAUUUGCCAGCCUGAGCUGAAACCAGAGCCUGUGCCUCUUUCCUGCUAUUGUUAUCCUGGCUGGCCAGAUUAAAGCUAUAUUUGAACCAUCACUGUGCUGUGUAGACACACUCCAAAAGCCAACUAAGGGCUGUGUCACCUGCUCCCAGCACAGCUGCAGGGCUAAUUUGAGAGGACUAUGGUGCUCUUAGUCCUUGUAGCUUUUUAUGUUCAGUUUUGAGCUAUUGUUCUUUAAUCCCCACUUGUCCCCUUUUCCCAUAUUGGCGAGUCAGUUUAGACUGGGAGCUGUCCACUACUCUGUGUUUGGUCACAGCCUGUCACAAGGGGGCUAUGAUGGUGGCUGACGGUUAGGCCGCUGGCAGACAUUCAGUUAAAGGUGCAAUGGGAUCUGAUCCCAAUAAUUGUGUUUUCUUCCAUGGCAUGUGCAUUGUGGCAUCAGUAAUCAGAUCCCCAUCACACCCUUAUUGCCAGCACUGGGAUCCUGAUCGUGAUCCUGGGCUUCCCUUGCAUGAAAGGAAAUCAGGAGUCCCCUGCAGAGGAUUGCGCACCUGAGGCUCCAAGAAAAGCAGGAGAGCGAAGUUCCCUCUCUUGUCUAGGAGGACAAUUCUUCUUUGAGUAUUUAGUUGUGGUUUCACUAAAGAAGAAGUCAGGAGGAGAUUAUGAGCCCACAAUAACCUAUCAGUUCCCUAAGCGUGAGAACAUGUUGAGGGGCCAGAAAGAGGAGGAGGAGAGGUUGCUUCAAGCCAUCCCUCUGUUCUGCUUCCCUGAUGGCAAAAACUGGGCUCCGCUCACAGAAUACACUAGUGAAACUUUUUCUUUUGUCCUGACCAAUGUUGAUGGCAGCAGAAAGAUCGGCUACUGCAGGCGUUUGCUGCCUGUUGGCCGUGGAGCUCGUCUCCCCGAAGUUUUCUGCAUCAUCAGCUGUCUGGGCUGCUUUGGAUUAUUCUCCAAGAUCCUGGAUGAAGUGGAGAAGAGGCGUCAGAUCUCUAUGGCAGUCAUCUAUCCAUUCAUGCAGGGCCUCCGUGAAUCCCCCUUCCCUGCACCUGGGAAAACUGUCACCAUCAAAAGCUUCAUCCCAGAGUCAGGGACAGAGCUCAUUGAACUGACGCGGCCCCUGGACUCCCGGCUGGAACAUGUGGAAUUUCAGGCUCUUUUGCAGCGUCUCACUCCAGGGAUCAUCAUACAGAUCUUUGCCUCUGCAGUUCUAGAGCGUCGCAUCAUCUUUUUGGCAGAGGAACUCAGUGUCUUAUCCCAGUGCAUCCAUGCCGUGGCGGCCCUGCUUUACCCCUUCACCUGGGCACACACCUACAUCCCUGUGGUUCCUGAAUGCUUGAUCGACACUGUGUGUUGCCCCACUCCCUUCAUGGUUGGAGUCCAGAUACGCCACCUGCAGCAGGUUCAGGAUCAGCCUAUGGAGGAGGUUCUGCUGGUCAACUUGGUUGAAGGAAAGAUCUUGACCUCGGUUGGGGAUGAAGAGGAGGUAUUGCCCGCUAAGCUGCAGAGUGAGAUGCUGACAUCUUUGGAUAGACACAACAGCAACAACAACGUACAGACCUCUGAACAAGUGAACGCCCAGGUUUCAGAGUGUUUUGUGCAUUUUUUUGUCCGAAUCGUUGGCCACUAUGCAGCGUACAUCAAAUGGAGCAAGAGCGGGCAGGGCACCCUGCAGGAGCGAGCGUUCUGCAAAUCCAUCACCUCCAAGUCCUGCCGCAAGUUUGUGAAAAAAUUUGUGAAGACGCAGAUGUUUUCCUUGUUUAUCCAGGAAGCAGAAAGGAGCAGAGCAACCCAAGAAGGGUGCUACUUCCAGCAGAAAAUAACUGAAUAUCAAGAACAAAAGAAACAAAGGAAAAAUUCCUGAACUACUGCUCUUAAAGAAAGGAGCCCAACUGGGCCGGGCAGAUUGCUGCCUGUAGCUGUACUCUAUUUGGACUGGGCAAAUGGCUCUUUCAAAGGCAGAGAGGUUUGUGGACUUUGCUGGCUGUGAACAUCUCUACCCUCCUCCACCUAUCUGUGAAUAAUGAGAAGCCGAGUCAGCACAGGAGCCCGAUUCCUCCUCUGUCUCUUCUUUUUCAGGGCAUGACUGCAUUAGAAGGCUCUUUUUUAUGUAGCUAACAAACAGGCCUGGGAUUGCUUUUGCAGUCCAGCUAACCUGCAACGUUUGAACAAGUAGCAACCCAGGUCCUGUAACAAGUGUCUAUUGCUGUCUGUGCUGAAGAGAAGCAUGGACUUUAUGUGAAAGUUGAAUGAAUUCGAGGUGAGACUGUGGUCUUGCUCUGAAAUGACCAAGGAUGUAGAAUAAUUAUUGCAAUAGAAUGUAUUGAUAGAAAAUAUUUUAAUUAAAACAAUUUUUUUCAGCUGA